CCUUGAACCAAAAUGGACGUGAAUUACUUCAACGUUAUCAAAGAAUGAAGACUGCCAUGAUAGAAAUGAACCGAGACCUUGUUCUUAUCUUGUUAUGUUAAAAUAUAACAGCAAAGCUAGCUAGAUGAAGUAUUGGCCUUUACUAUAAUUAUUCUGUAAUUUACGCUGCAUUAGAAUUCACAGUUCAAGUCCAGUUACGACGACUUGCGACUUUGACCCUAUAACCAUACAUAACCACAAAGAAACAGCUGUACAUAAGUCAUCUGUGGUAUGUAAUUGGCAGUCAGGAGCAUAGGAACAAGGUCACAUGUAAACAUAGAUUAAGUAAAUCUUGGCAAACGUAAUAGGAAAAAUAGAGAGGAGGGAGAGGAGUGUCAGGCAUCAAAUAAUGCUCGUUGUGCAAUAACAGCGGUUGUAUCAUGGCAGAUUCUCCCGAACAAAAUAAACUUGAACGUGUUUUGCAUCGUUUCCUGGAUCCCAACUACAAAAGCAGUGGCAAUGAUGAUAUUUAUAUGGAAAAGCUGUUAACCCACUUGUCAGGAAACAGCAGUCAUCUGAUAGAUCUCCCAGUAUGCAAGGAAUGGAUACAGAAAAUAGCAGAAAUGUGGAAGGAAAAAACCCCAGAACCGUCUUUGGCAUCCUUUGCAUUACAUUUCAUGGGGUUGGUUGUUAGUGAUUGGAAGAGAUUUGAAUUACUACAGGUUACUGAUGUCGUUGGGCAAGUGAGCAAGCUGCUCAAGCAUCAAAACUGUGAUAGUUCAUCAGUGAAACGGGCCUAUGUCAGAAUGCUUUCUGGCUUACUGAAACACGAUUCGGGUUGUAAGUGGAUUGUUCAGACAGAAACAUGGAAAGAUGUGUUAAAAUUUUGCCAUGAAAAUCAGAGUCUGUAUGUCUUACGUGAAAGUCAGAAGUUUGUUGUUGAGCUGCUGGACAGGCUUGGAGGAAAGGAGCCAGAAUUGCCCACUAGCAUCAUGUCUCAUAUUUUCAGCCCCUUACUUGCUAAAGAUUCUAAAAUAAAUGGGAAAGUAGAAGGAUCUGAACCUCAGCAUGUAAUUUCAACAUUGGAAUUAGCAUGCAGUAUUCUUGAGGCAUCUCUCACCAAUUUAUCACCAGUCGUGUCCGAUAUGAUAGAGAAACUCAACUUGGAAGCUCUUGUUUGGAUGUUAUUAGUAAAUCUUGAUGGUGAUCAUAAUGAGGAGUAUGCAGGAAAAGUUUCGAAGCUUCUGACAUUCAUCUAUUUCACCUCUGUAUAUCGAGAGAAGGAGGAAAAUAAGAUUCUGCCGACAGCAGUAAAAGCUAUGGAGAAAAAAAUCUUCAACUUGCUGGCAUUGCAUAUAUCGAGAAGGAGUAUCAGAAACUUCAUGAAUAUUGUGGUCCAAUGCCAAUUGUGCUGGCACAAGAUCUCAGAAUUUGUCUCAGUAAAUGAACAGAGUGAGAUUAAACAUUUCAACUUUGAUACACAACUGAUAGUAUUCCAGUUGCUGCCAAUGCUGACAUGUGUCAAGACAAAGAAUGUGGACAGUGAAUGCCUUGAGUUGUACACUCAUAAAAUAUUCCAGCUCACAAGUGAGGAAACGCAACGACUGGCAUAUUCAUAUCGUGACAUUCUAAUAGUUCAGGAGAAUAAGCAUCAGCUGGCCCAUCAGACCAUGCUGAGCAUUCUUCAGAUCAAGAGCAUUAUGAACAGGGAGUUAGCAGUGAUUGCGUACCAAGCAUUUAUGUACAACCUGAAGGAUUUUGUUUUUGAAGAACCUAAUGCAGAUGGUCUGACAGGGCCUGAGUUUGUAAUUCAAUAUCCUGAGCUGCUGGGGGCUAUUCUCGAUGGCCUGGCUUCCCUCAUUCGUUGUUUCCACAUCACAUGGCGGGAGAGCGUCGAGACAAUUUGCCUCUUCAGCUUCACGCAACUUCUGCUGAAAAAUGCCAACCUCUCACCCAAAUUGUCUGUGCAGGCAUUGCAGUUGAUGAAGGUAGCAAUCCAGAACUUCAUGCCUCCUAACCUAGCAUUGCUCAUGAACACACUUCAGGGCUCCACCAUCGACCAAGUGGGUCCUAUCUUGCAGAAACGCCUGCAUGAUGUGAGCUGGGAUGUGCGUGACAGCGCACUAGAAGUCCUGCAAGUUGUCACAGGAAUAGCAGAAAUCAAAUUUCCAGCCUUCCAGGAGCAUGUACUGGAGAAUGAACUAUGUCCUCUGGUGCUGGUGCUGGCAAUGGAUGACUCUGAGAGCUAUGUGAGGGCAUCAGCCAUUAAGUGCUUAUGCUGCAUGGUGAGGGUGCAGCGCUUGUGGACAGACUGCCUUGCAUCAGAGGAUCUGCCAAGCAAGAUGAUGACAAUCCUGCAAGGCGAGAGUGAGGGCAUCGUCCGUCGCGAAGCAGCUGCUCUCUUGAAAGAGAUCUAUGAACAUCACAAGUUCUUAAAGGCAGAACUGAGUAACGUGUUCACGGCGAUGGCACUUGCAGUAGUGUCAGAUUUACACUGGGAAGUAAAAGUAAAUGCGCUCCAGUUCUGGGAGAAGGUGAUAGAGCGGCAGAUGUCAGACCAGGGAAUGAUUGAUGGCGUAUUUCCAUCCGUGACAUUCUCUAAAGAGAAUAGGAAAAUAGUGCUACUGACAGAAAACGAGAUCAAAUUGCGACUGAACAAAGUAUUGGGGGAGCUUGCACGAAACAGGUGCUUACAGGUGCUUCUGUCAGCCCUUCAAGACCAUGAUCUCCAGGUUGUAUACAAAGCUGCAGAUAUCAUCAUGACACUCAACAGUGUGUUGAUGAGGCAUCGGCUCGUGCCGGAUGUGGAAACACCGAAACCUCUGCCUGAUCUUGUGAGGAACUGUGUCAGACCUACAAACAGUAAUUUCAGGGGCGUGUAUGACUCAUUUGGUUGUGAGGUAGGCACUUGUCUGACCCCUGCAAAUAGAGUAAAUCAGUCAAGGACAACCAACAUGGACAGUGGCGAGGGUGAGAUGGGCACUGUACGAUCAAGACUGGCCAGUGACUCAGACCAAGUCAUUGAUGCAAUCAUUAAUGAAACUGAUAUGAAUCUACUGGCAGAUGUUUACCAUGAUUGUCUAAAUGUUGGUGGUAAUGCCUCCAGUGUUAGUAGGAACUUCAAUUUUGAUCCAGAAGUUAAUGUCAGUGCAGAAGAAUUCUUGUUAGCCAUCUCAAAGCUCAAUCUCAGUGAUAUGGUGACACAGAAAGCUGACUGGCUGGAGCACUGUAGCAGUAACCUGGGUUCAUUGCUAGAUGACAUCCUGUCCUCGCAAGCAGAUACAGAAUCAAAUGCAAUGGAUUGUUACUAGAAUUUCACACUACAGGAAACAUAAUGUUAUCAAAACAGUAUAAUCACUUGCUCCUGUGCAAGGUUAUUUAGAGCUUGCCCCUGUUGUUUGGCAGACACUAUUACAGCUAGCCACUUGAACCGAACGGCACGUAAAGAGACAUUAAUUUGCUGUCUCUUGGAUCCUUUUGCAUGAUACAGAGAAGUGACAAUAGAUGGCAAUGAGCUACAUUCCUUAGAAAAAUAUACAGUAGAAUAAACCUUCCUUUGAAAGUAAAUGUAACUUGAACAAUUAUUGACUUUUUGGACAUUACUCAUGGUUCUGUUUUAAAAUAAAAAAUAGGCUGAUGGAUAAUGUCGGUAAAGUCCAUAAUUACGUAACAUACCACCGUCACAAACUUUUAGUUCUUAAUAACUUGUGUUUGUCUUUGAAAAGAAGAGAUAGUUAAGAAUAGCUCAAGUGGCUAUUCACCAGCUUCCCACAGCAGCAGCCUGGGUU